AUGGAUGACGAGGAACUCACCAUGAACACGGUUCAAGACACUGAUCCUACGUUCAUGUACUCUCCCGCCGCCUCCGGGUCAAAAAUACGCCUGAUGAAUUGGGAAUCUUCUCGGGCGGAUCGGGACAUUCCACAUCAGACGGCACAAUGGCUUUCACGUUUGAAGCAGUAUCCAUCAGGGAUGAGAAGAGUUGCGUACUCACAUAAAUUAUUAGGUGAUGCAGUCUCCUUGUACGGACGAGUGGGACCGAACGCUGCUUCGUAUGCCGUUCAGGUUGAUGGUAGUACCACACCGACUUUCUGUGCGACCAAGUCACGUUUCGAGCCAGGGGUGCUGCUAUGUCGUGGAAAUAACCUAGGGCCGGGGAAGCAUACUCUGAAGUCCUUCCGCCGUCCAGGGAUUGGUCAAGUUUGCUCAGUCGACUACGCGAAAGUCUCCACGACCGAGUCCAUACAACAAAGGUCCGCUAGGUCUCAAUCGAGGCGCAUAUUACUUUUGGUGGUGGUCCUCAGCGCAAUCUGCUGA